CCAAUUUCGUCAUAUUUUGUUUUCUUUUGCUUAAAGGUUACAAGCGUCAAUUAAAAACAUCUUAUUGAUUUGUAUGUAACUUCACAACCUAUAUGCUUCUGCUUUUCUCAAUUGACAUAGGAAUGUGAAAUUGUUAAAUGUCAAAUUAGUAAUCGAUCAGUUAAAAUUUAAUUUAAAAAUGGCUGAGAGCUCAGAAGAUAGUGAAUUAUUAGUCGUUAAUGUAUCAAAUUCAUCCACGUCCAUGAUCAGUGCUGCCUUUGGAUUUACGGAGAGCAUUAGAUGGGAUCCUACGAUGAGUGUAGAUUGGAGCAAAGAAACUCCAUCACCACAAUGCUUAAUGAGAAUUAAAAGAGACAUAAUGACCAUUUAUAAUGAGCCUCCACCUGGUAUGUUUAUUGUUCCUGAUGAAAGUGACAUGACUUUAAUCCAUGCCUUACUCACUGGUUCAUUUGAUACCCCUUAUGAAGGCGGUUUCUUCUACUUGUUGAUGCGCUGCCCACCUGAUUACCCUAUAAGGCCACCUCGAGUGAAGAUUAUGACUACUGGCGAAGGAAAAGUUCGUUUCAAUCCAAAUCUAUAUAAGAAUGGGAAAGUGUGUCUAAGUAUUUUGGGGACAUGGUCUGGUCCUUCUUGGAGUCCUGCACAAAGUUUGUCCACUGUUCUGCUCUCUAUUCAGUCUCUCAUGAAUGAAAAGCCAUAUUUCAAUGAACCAGGUUUCGAAAAAGAGAGAAAUCCAGGUGACAGUGCUAGAUACAACCAAAUCAUUAAACAUGAAACCUUAAGAGUCGCAGUCUGUGAUAUGUUGGAUGGCAAUACGGGCGACUCCAGAAAUUGUCCUCAAGCUUUGAGAGAUGUAAUGGAGAAGUCUUUUCCUGAAUUUUAUGACUACUAUGAGUCUUGUGCCAAGGCAAACUUGCAUUUAACCAAACAACACAUGCUAGAUCCGUUUGGUGAGAAGCGUGGAAGUUUCGAUUAUUGCAGCAUUUUACAGAGGCUUCAAAACAUUAAGGCCAAACUGGAAGCAAAGAAACCGUUUCCCUCGGAAGCCGAAUCUCAAUCCGAUAGUUCCGAUUCCUCUUGAACUCUGGUCGUGCACAAACAGAUGUUUAGUUUUAUUUUGUGUCAUACAUAUAUAUAUAUGCAGUAUAAAUUGUACAGUAAAUAAUAAUUAUUAUGUAUAAAUAAACCUGGUUUUUUAUAAACAUUUGUGUGCUCAUUCGAACAAGAGUUUUUAAAACUAUUAUUGAUUUAAGUCAAAAAGUACCUUUAUGUAGUAGUAAUAAGUAAAUAUAUCUACAUCAAUAUUUUUUAUAUGUUCUGCAUAUUUAACAGGAUUAUUACUGAUAAUCCUGUUAAUGUCUUCAUAUAUAUUUUAUUGAUAUUAAAAUUAAGAGAGGAGAGAAAAAAACUGAAUUUAAAAUUUGUUACCAUUAGCUGUAUGUAAAACAAUUUGAAGUUCUAUUAUACAUAAAUAAAUACUUCAAUCAUAA